UUACACUCUUUUAAUCGUUUAACAUCAUGAGAUUACAUGACAUUGUGUCACAAAAUCUGAAUCAUUAUUUUUUUACUGAUGAAAUAUGUGAAUAACUAUGAAGUACUGAAGAAUGAAGAAAUUAAGUCGUGUCUUUUCUGCGGGACUAUUCUAAUUCAAGAGCACGUGUGUGCUCAUUACAGUACGUGCAAAAAAAAGAGGGCAAAAUUAGCACAUUUUCGUAAAUCAUCCGUUGAACAGUCUCGUGCGCUUUUUAUAGGAUGUUGUCUCUGAUUUGAAUCUUUGGUAAUGAAUGUUACAAAAGGACAAGUAGACCUUUAUAUUGUUUAGAGUCAAACUUUUAUAGUUGACUAUCAUAAAUUUUCAUGAAUUAGUCUUUUGCACCACCAACUUGUACCUUCAAGAUGGAGCUAUGUUGCUCAAGUGCUGUUGAAGCAAUGGAUAACAAAAAGACAAAACACCAAAGAGCUUUUCCAUUCUCUGUGUCUUCACUCCUCUCAUCAUCAGAUUCUAAAUUAUCGAAGUCUGUUCAAGAUAUGUGUCUCGAUAAUAUAUGUUUAAAUAAUCAACUUGAAAGAUGUUCAAUCACCGACAUGUCCUGCAAGAACAAUCAGAAUACUUGGAUGUUUGGAAGACAUCCGUCACUGUCGUGGUUGCCAGAUUUAAAGAAUAUGAGCCUACAUACCAAAGAUUUAGUUUUGCAGAAACAAGAAGACAGUAAAGUGAAGUCAGAGGUAGUCGAUUUGAAGACGUCGAGUUGCUGUUGUCAUGAAAAUCUGAAUUUUUUCAACAAAUUCAGUUUGUGCCAAAAAACAAAUGAAUCUUUCUUUACGCAUCCUCAAAGACAGUUUGUCAGUAUCUGCCCCGGUUUUAGCAAUACGGUGAAUUUUUCAUCAGGACCCAGGAUGCAAUGCUUCCCGUACCUUAUUACCGGUAAUGCGUUGGGAAACAGUAGUACUUUAACAAAAUCAAUGGAACCAACCUGUCUUCCUCCAGUAAAGUGCCAACUUCGACGCCACAAAAGUAAUCGCAAACCACGCACACCUUUCACUUCUCAACAGUUACUAACUCUGGAACGUAAAUUCCGGACGAAGCAGUAUUUAUCGAUCUCGGAAAGAGCAGAAUUCAGUGCUACAUUGAAGCUCACGGACACUCAAGUCAAGAUUUGGUUCCAGAACCGUCGAGCCAAAGAGAAACGACUCAAAGAAGCAGAACUGGAGAAACUUCGUAUUGCUAGUAGGACUUACUUAACUUACAGUGCUGCAGCACUUAUGUACCCAGGCACAGCUUUACGCCAAAUAGGACCAUAUGUAAGGCCAAUCGGGACAGAAUCUAGCAUUUAAGUUACAUACUGCUGCCGUGCUGAAGUGAUCAUACAUUAAGUUGAAAAAGUGUUAUUGUAUCCUUUAAAAAAUACGAAUACAUUCUUUUACAAAUUGUGUUUAAAUGCUAUGAUACAGUUUCAGAUUCCUGACAGAGUAUUUUCGCUGUUUAAUAUUAAAAAAAUAUCUCAAAAUAAACAGACAGAGAUUUAAA